AUUCAUGAGGACACUAAUUCUCACAGUGCUAAUUUGCUUUGGUGCUUCACAAAUGCUGAGAGGUACACCGAAAGCCUUGAUUGAAGAAGAACAAGGUAAAUGAGAUGAUUUAGAGAAGCAAUCUUCCAGGCCGAAUAGGAAGAUUAAAGUUUUUAUGUAGGGAGAGAUGAUGUUUCAGCUGAAACCCUGUAAGGAGAUUAAAAUUAAGAGGUCGAAGGUAGUUUGGCAGUGUUUAAGAGUGACGAUACUCCAAUGGUUUAUGUUGAGGAAUCGGCUGAUUCAAGUAUUGAAUAGAGUUAAUUAAAAGCCCAACGAGAUGGUGUUGAGUAGUAGGAAUCUUUGAAGAUAGAGAAGAUUGAAGAUUAGGUGCAGUAAGAAUAUGAUCGAUAAUAAAGAGGUGAAGACUUGCAGGAAGCAACGACUGAGGCAGCGAAUUAUGUUGAUAAAGCAAUAUCUUUGGAGGGAGACACUGAAGCAGAACCAAUUUAGAAUUCUUCGACGGAUGUGGUGUUGAAUAUUGCACCGAAGACUGAAUCUCUUAGCAGUUCUGAGAGUACCAAGAAGCAUGUUUAUGUUUACAAUCGUAAAUGGAUUUCCAAAUACUUAAAUUAGCUUUGGCCAAGAAGCCUUUUGUUGGCAUCAAGUUCCCACCAAUGCCAGUCACCAAGGAUCGUAACUACUUGUCCAAUUCUGAUACUUUAACCAUCAAGUUGCCACCAUGGUCAGAACAAAGCAACCACAGAGUAGAGGAUGAUUUGGAGUUCUUCCAGUUCAUUAGACGUAUUAAACUAUAAAGUAUGUAGCAUCUGAUGUAUCAGUUAAUGAAUAUUGA